AUGUAUCUACCACGCGACCUCAUCACGAAGCUCUACAUCCACCUCCAGAACACACGACACCCGCUUUCGCCGCCAGUCCUCAUCCUGACAGCCCUCGAGCCUGACUCCCUGUGUGCCUGCCGCAUACUCACUCGCCUGCUCAAGCAUGACUACAUCCCGCACAAGAUACAUCCUGUCGCCGGCUAUGCGGACCUCGCUCGUGCCGGGCAGGAGCUCGUAGGCCCCAUGAGGGAAACAAAAGGUGGCAGCGGCGGAGUAGUCGUGUGCCUCGGCGUGGGCGGCAUGAUUGAUCUGGGAACCUCGCUUGGUUUUGAGUCUGAAGACGAGCCAUUGGACUUUGGCGGUGUGGAAGUCUGGGUCAUUGACUCCAGGCGGCCGUGGGAUCUGCACAAUGUCUUCGGAGGCUACACGCCAGAGCCCGAGGUGGAAGGCUCAUCCGCUCUGCAGACUCGCGCACCCGAUGGCGUCGUGGGAGGAUGUAUCGGACGGUCUUACAAGCCUGGUCGGGGGGGCAUCAUCGUAUUCGAUGACGGGGAUAUACAGGAGAGUCUCAACGCUGAGCGGGAUGCGUACCUCGCGCUUCUCGACAUGCCAGAGAUCGAAGGUGAUGAUGAAGGGGCCUUUGAUGACGAUACCGAAGGAGAAGAAGAAGAUGAUGACGAAGAAGCCGAGAAGGAUGUAGUCAAGCCAUUGCCGGGGCAGAAACGGAAGUCAUGGUCAGAUCGCGACGAGAGCAGUGACGAGGAUGAUGACCGGCCCAGACAACGAAGGAGAAGUAAUUCUUCAACCCCCAUUCCUGAACCAGCCCGCAGGCCACCGCAAAGGGGGCUCAUUCACCUUCAGGAGCCGGCCACUGCUCUGUCUGGAGAUGCCGAGGAGACACCAUCUGCCGCACAGCCGCCUCGGGGUCCAUCAGCGCGGGCGUUGCGGAGAAGGUUACAGCGCAUGCGCAUAACGAACCGGACAAUCCUCGAAAAGUACUACCGGAUGGGAGCCUCGUACUCGGAGCCGGUCAGUGCGAUGAUGUAUUGGCUCGCAUCCGAGCUCGGCCGAGAAGACAAUGAUCUGCUCUGGCUGACCAUUGUGGGAGUGACCUCGACGGAGUUGUACGGUCGAUCAUCGGCGGGCCUCGCUAUCUCGAGCCGCAGCUCGGAUUCUCGAGUCGCCAAUGGCUGGAUGGGUGUUCGUGGCAGUCGGAUGAGACAGCUCUUACGAGACGAAGUACGACGACUAAAUCCUCCAGAGAUCGGCUCCGGGGCGGGCAAAGUGAUGUCAUCUGCGGAGAGUGCUGGAAUAAUACCAACCACCGGACGCAGCCCAGAAGACACCAGCAUUCGGCUAUCUCCUGAGCCAAAGUUUCUCCUCAUACGGCAUUGGAGUCUUUACGACAGCAUGCUCCACUCCCCAUAUCUCUUCUCGCGUUUGCGCAUAUGGAGUGAUAGCGGCAUGAAGCGCCUUCACAAACUUCUCGCAAAGAUGGGAGUCAGUCUUGUCCAGUGCAAACAGAGCUAUACACAUAUGGAUAUGGUACUGAAGAAGGAACUGCGGACAAAACUACUCAAAUAUGCUUCGCUGUAUAACCUCGACGACAUGGUACCAGCCGCAGAGACGGAUGCUAGGGACAGAGGCGGCGCCAAAGAUGGCUGGGGUUUCGUGCGGAGCUGGGGAUGGAGAGCCACGCUGAGCGCGCAGGACGUUGGCGUUGUGAUCGGCGCUCUACUCGAAGUGGGCAAAUCGCCAGCCACGAUUGUCGAGGAUGGCAGGAUAAGAUCGGUUCCAACUCAGGAGGAUGAAGAAGACUCGAGCGCAGCCGAGUCGGAAGAAUGGGUCAGCCGUUUCUGGGAGGCAUAUGAUGCCCUCGAAGAUAUCGACUCUUUGAAAGCUGGCCUUCCGACUGCCCAAUAUCUCCACCGCGCCAUAUUCCGCACCGGUACCUCUCUUAUCGGCAAGCGGCAAAUCAAGCACUUGCACGCAUUUCGCAUGUGUGUCAUCAAAGAUGGCCCUGACGUGCCCCUCUUCACCCACCCAGCAGCGCUCACCAAGCUUGCACUCUGGAUUGGCGAGGCCCUUGCGGAACAAGAGAAGGAUGCUGCAGGCAAGCUGGCUCAUGGUGGGCGCGGAACACCCCUCGUGGUCGCCAGCCUGAACGAGAAGCGUGGCGUGUACGUGGUCGUCGGCACCGGCGGUGGCGGUGGUCCAGAUACGAGCUUCCUUGACCGGGAAGUCCAGAAGGAGAAGCGUGCCGCCAAGGAGGCCAGAGCCAAAGAACGCGAGCUCCGGCGCAAGAACAAGGAGAAGAUCAAGGAGGAGGAGCGGGCUGCCAGGCGCGCAGCUGGCCAUGACGAAGAUGAUGAGGAUGAGGACGACACAGAGUCUGAAGGUAGCGACUCGGAAUCGGACUCUGACGAAGACGACGACGAUAUGGAGGCGCGGAGCCGUCGCGGGUACGGCAUGAACAAGUUUGGCGUGGCGUUCCAGGACGUCACCGCCGAGACGGGCGCGCGGGUGCGCAUUGACAGCUUUGAGCACUGCGUCGUCGAGGUGCGCAAGGAGGACCUGAGCGGAUUCCUCGAGAGUCUGAGCAUGAAGGCCGUCGUUGGGUAG